AAAACUUUCUAUAAUGUCAAACAAUAUAAAGGAUAAAAAAGUACGUAAUAAUACGGUUUCAUUAUUAUUUUCCGAUAAUGACAAUAUAAAAAUUUCAGCGGCUUUAUCUUUCAUUCGUAACAAAUUCCAAGGCCGUCUUAAAAAUAUUUCUGUCAUAAAUGAUCGUACAGCUGUCAUCAUAUAUGGGAAACAUAAAGAUAGAUUGAUGAUUGAUUUGAAGGAUAAUAACUAUUAUGAAGAUUUAGAGGAAAAACUUGAAGCACUUAAAGCUGAAAAUGAUGAUUUGCUGUUUUAUCAACAAAAAGCUAGUCUAGUGGAUAACGCAUCUACAACUUCUAUUGCAUCUAAUAAUUUACCACCAAUGUCAUCUCCGACUAUAUCGAUUUUUUCUAAACCUUUUAAAUUUGAAGAUUAUAUUACAAUUUUAAAUAAUGAUUUAAACACCAUCAAUCAAUCAAUUGAAGACGAUCCCGAUCAAUGAAAUUUGG